AGCAGUAUAGAGGCGCAGAUGCGUGUAGUUGAGCAGUGGACCGGCGUGCUGGGUGUGCAGGGUGAAUGUGGCGACAUUGAGAAGAUCUUGGGCUGAAUUAUAAAUCAGAAAUAUUAAUAUAGCGCAGGGACGGGACGGGACGGGACGAGCUCGGGCUGGGAGACUGAGGUUCAGAUUUGGCAGAGACCAUGUCCAGUCCUUUGGGCACAGUCAAAGCAGAGGGCCUUGUAAUGCCUGGCCUAGGCCAAGCUCCGCAAGGCUGCCCCAUGCACCAGGACGCCAUAAAAACUGCACCUCCACCUGGGUGCCCAAUGCACCAGGCAUCAGCUAAAGAGCAUCCAAAGAGUGUUCCAGAUGUUCCAGCACAUCAGGAGAGGGCCUAUGAAUUUGUGGAGUGUCCUAUGAGAGCUGCCAGUGGAGGCAAAGCCACAGCACCCGAUAUCGACCCUGCUAAUAUGAUGCCUCCACCUAAUCAACACCCUUCGCCCGGUCAACCUUUUUCUCUGUCUGUGAAAAGAGAGGAGUCUACUAUCCCUCGCUCCAGUUCAGGUCAGAACUGGGUCUACCCCUCCGAGCAGAUGUUCUGGAACGCUAUGCUAAGGAAAGGGUGGCGCUGGAGAGAGCAAGACAUCUCUCAGAAAGACAUGACAAACAUCAUUAGGAUUCACAACCAGAACAAUGAACAGGCAUGGAAGGAGAUCCUGAGAUGGGAGGCACUGCAUUUAAAAGAAUGCCCAUGUGGACCUUCUCUUCUAAAGUUUGGAGGCAAAGCGAAAGAUUUCACUCCAAGAGCCCGUUUUCGACACUGGAUGGGGUAUGAGCUUCCAUUCGACAGGCACGACUGGAUAGUUGACCGAUGUGGAAAAGAGGUCAGAUAUGUGAUAGACUACUACGAUGGAGGUCAGGGAUCCAGUCACACCGUCCUAGACGUCCGUCCAGCGUUUGACUCUUUAGAGGCGGUGUGGGAUCGUAUGAAGGUGGCCUGGUGGAGAUGGACGUCCUCAUGAGUCUGUUCCACUGCGAGUAGAUAGGACUUGUAUUCAAAUAUAUUUAUUAAAACACUUAUUCGGUUCGACAGGAAA